AUGAUUGGAUCACCCACAGCUUCUAUGAUGAUCCCAACACCGCGCAUGACCCCAGAGAGCAACGGCUCCUCCCCCAGGAGCUUUGAUUCCCACGGGCACACAGCCCUACACCGCGCCGCACUCUACGGCCACGAAUCCGUGCUCGCUGUGCUGCUCCAAGCCGGCGCUGACCAUACUCUCCCCGAUAGCACAGGCCUAACACCCCUUCACCUGGCGACUAAGCAGGGGCAUAUCAGCGUGGUGAACCUCCUGCUAACCAGCGACCCUCAGCCCUGGAACAUCGUCAGCCAGGUCACGCACACCGGCGAAAGCGCGCUCCACCUCGCCGUGCAAGCUAAGCAACCGGCUGUCCUUCGGGUACUCUUGGAGCACUCAGGACGGGUGGUGAAUGCACAGGAUUGGCUGGGCCGUACGGCGCUGCAUAUGGCGUGUGAGUCCAAUCAGCAGGAGCUGGUGGAGAUGUUGGUUCAGGCGGGGGCGCAGCUAGAUAUUCGAGAUUUCGAGGGCCAGCCCUUAUUGCACAGCGCCUGCAUGGGUGCUAGAUUGUGA